AUGCCCCAAGAAACCCUUCUCUCCUAUUUCUCCAAGCCCAUAACAUCUGUCUCCAACGUGCCGGACAGCAACACAGGGCGGAGUAACAAAGCGCGCGGCCAUAGCGAGGAUGGGACAGUGUUGCUUGAGGACAGCCUUACCAAAGAAGGUGGCUUAGGUGUGAUGGGACAGCUUCACCAGCAGUCUUGGAAGGAAGUCAGCAAACCCAUGCAAGGAGAAGCGAAAACUCCCAAUCCCGAAGCCUGUGACACCGACAGGAAGGUCUCUAAGGAAUCGAGUCUCUGGUCUUCAUUGGGCCAGCAAGGAGAAUACCCCAAGAUCAUUCAGAUCCGUCAACUUCCAGGAACCGUCAUCACAGCCAUUCAGAAGGCACAUAUCCCAUCCAUCCAGCGUCUCACCGCCACGACUCUGCCUGUGCGAUAUGGCGAUGCGUUCUUCAGUUCGACUCUGUCUGAACCCACAUCAUUCCAGCUCUCUCGUGUGGUUCUUUAUUCGUCCGAGCCUGUCGGCUGGAUUCGAUGCCGGUUGGAGCCAUGCUCGCCCAACAACAAUGCUUCUCUGUCGAAGCCCGCGCUCGCGCAGAUAUACAUCCAAGCGCUGGCGCUACUCUCACCGUACCGUGGUCUCGGGAUUGCAACGAUGCUCCUCAACGCUGUUCUGGAGUCUUCAAUAGCCAAGGAAGAUGGCACGGUCUGCAUUUACGCCCACGUUUGGGAGAAGAAUCAGGAUGCCCUUGAGUGGUACGGCAAAAGGGGUUUCAAGCGGGUCGUCCUGAUGGAAAGGUACUACAAGAGGCUGAGGCCCGGUGGAGCAUGGAUUGUGAGGAAAGAGCUAGAUACUGGGUGA